AGUCGGGUUGCCUCCAUAUGAAAGACUGUUGCUUUUCUUUGCUGUCUGAUGCUAUCAACUGAUUCAUUAUUUUGUAUUGUAAAUAUCAUUAUUUUAUCAUUGUUGUUGUUUUGUGGGCAUAUCAAGAAUAUUCAAUAUAUCAACUGUCAAGAAGCGAGGAGCUUUUAGCCGUUGCCAGCCACCCCCCUUCAUACCACACCACGCUUCAGAAACGGAGCACACUAACGGGAAGAGGAGAGGGAGGCAGUGAAGGGAGCGCAACGUGAAAACUGAACAGAGAGGAUUCUCUGCAACAAAAUCUCCCAGCAAGUCAAAAUGACCCUAACGGAACAGCUGAACUCCAGCAAGUGAUCCAGACCCACCUGGAAGAGAACGGACAGAUCCAGAAAGCCUUGCUGAGCUCAGAUUCGGAAAUGAACGGCAAAGCGGGUGGCAGGGGGCCCUUGAGCAAAGCCAACGAAGCACACAGCAACGGAAACAACCUCAGCAUGGUUUCUGAGAUGCCCCUGGAUGCCAAGAACCACACACGGGGUAUGUGCACACCCAAGAGAACUGCCACAUUUGGGAAGCGCUCCAACUCCAUGCGACGCAACCCCAAUGCUGAGGUGACCCGGCAGGGCUGGCUCCACAAACAGGCAAGCAGUGGUGUGAAAAAGUGGAACAAGCGCUGGUUCGUGUUGACCGAUAGAUGCCUUUUCUACUAUAAAGACGAGAAAGAAGAAGGGGUUUUGGGCAGUCUUCCUCUCCUCAGCUUUAAGAUCGGACCAGUCCUGCCAUCAGACAACAUCAGCCGCAAAUUUGCCUUUAAGGUGUGGUGUGAAAAAGAGGACAAGGAGGAGGAGGACGAGGACAGUGAGGAUUUUAAGGGCAGUAUUGCGUUCUGUUUGCAGGCGGAGCACGCAGGCACACGUACAUACUACUUCAGUGCAGACAGCCAGAAAGAGCAGGAGGAGUGGAUCCAAGCCAUGCAUGAAGCUGCCAGGGUCCACAUCCCAUCCACACCUAGAAAUAAAUCUGACCCCAUCCAUAUAGCAGACCAAAGCGACAUAGUAGCCAAGAGACUCGAACCCAACUCUCACACAGAGAACAAUGGCCAGAGGCCAGACCCCCACGAGCCUGUCAAACACAAGCUUAAUGGGGUAGAGACAAGAAACACUGCACCCCGCACCCCAGUGACCCCAGUUACCCCUAAUAUAGAGGGCAGGAUGGGAGAGAAAGGGGGAAUGGCACCCCAUCACCCCAAUGGAUGGGGUAACUAUGGUCCUCCCAACGGUUCGCGGUCCCAGGAGAACGUGAGGGAUGUACGGGAGCCGCAUGAGCAUCAUGAGAACGUAGUGAUGCGAAGGGGUUUUGUGCCCAGGACGGCACCAGAGAGACUUGCCCAGAGGAAGAGCUCAAUGACUCAGCUGCAGCAGUGGGUGAACCAGCGCAGAGCCAUGGGACCUCAGGAUGACCUGUGCAGUCCAUCCAGGUACUACACAGUAAACCGCGGUAUGUCACCGGACUACUAUGGCAUUUACGGCGGGCCUCCGUAUGUGGAGGAAUAUCACCUCUACCCACCCGGUGUCCGUCCUGAGAGCAUCUGCUCGAUGUCGGCUGCGUAUGACCGGCCGUCCCCUCGCUGGACUGUGGAGGACAGAAGGCGUUCAUUGCGAGACGGACCCCUGUAUGGCCAGCCUCGAGACCCUCAGUGGAUGAUGGGACCCCAGGGCCCUCAUCCUGCCUACUUUCCCCAACUGGACUCAGCUCAGAACUCAAUGAGACUGCUUUCUAUACAGCCACGGUCACGGUCGGUUCCCCGCUCGCCUUCCUCCUCGUCAGGAGGACCAUAUUCUCCACACAGCUUCGCCUCACCUGCUCGAUCACCCAGCGUCAGGUUUGAUCGGGGGCCCAGCCGACUCAGAGAAGAGGGCAUAUACGCUGAUCCCUCAGUCUACGGCCUGCGCAGGUCACUCAGCUCACCUAAGUAUGAUUUCCCUGGAGAUCGCCGCUCCUUCAGCCACGGAAUGUACCAUUAUAACUACCCAGCAUCCCCCUCUCUCCAUAGUAAAAUGGAGGACAUAUUAGACCUGCAGCUUCAGAGGAACCUGGAGUACCUAGAUCAGCAGGUUCCUCUGUUCCAUGAUAUGUACGCUGACCUACAUCCCACACUGAAGCUUAAUGAGAUCGAGACCAGUAAACUGCUGGGUCGUCUGUGUGAGCAGAAUCGACUUCUUAAAGAGCAGGAGGCUGUAGUUCAUCGUUUGCGAAUGGAAAAGGACAGCCUAGAGGGGGUGCUGGUAGCCACACAUCAGGAGAUGGAGCUGUAUAGGAACCAGCCGCUGGCAAUGGAGAAACUUCAGAUGAAAAAAGAGAGUCUACAAAACAAGCUUAUUAACAUCAGGGGAGAGCUGUCACAGGCCUCUAGUACCCUGACCACCACCCGAAUGGAGUUUGAGGCUUUGGAGGAUGAGGUGAACGCCAUCCAUGGUGACCUGUGGGAGCAGCUGAAUGCUGGAGGGCAGAGUGAGCUGGUACACAGGCACAUUCAGAAGGAGUUUUGGAGGGUUCAGGAUGUUUUGGAGGGGCUGCACAAAAACAACCCAUCCCGUGGCACGGACACGGCCAAGCACAGAGUAGCCAGUGGAGCAUCUGGCUCAUUCAGCACAAACAGUUCUGCAAGCCCAUUGAGUUCAGUGAGUCUAACAAGUCCUCUCAGCCCCUUCUCUUCUGUCCCUGGCUCUCAGGCCUCACCCACUAAACAGCUUGCCACAGAGGAGGUUGGCCCUCCGCGACCUCCACUUCCUAAAUCUUACCAGCCCCUGGAGUCCUCCCAGUCCUUUCCCCCCUCCGUCUCUCCCCUGCCUUUAGACAGCAAUGCCUGGCUGCGCAGCAUGGGCCCACAUUCAGGCAUCCACCAGGAAGUCUACAAGGACGACGCAGAAUUCCACAGCAGAAAGCACAACUACAACUCGCAGGGAGAAAAGACCUGCGACCUUGAAACUGAGCAGGACAGGCAAUCCAACCAGAAUAAACUUGGAAUCGUUUCACCCAGGACCAAGUCUCCAUCAGAAUACAAGAGUAAUUCUGAUGGUGUACAACGAAGAAAUGGGAAAGUGUCCAAUGGUCACAUUUCAAGAGAGAGGCCAAAGAGUGCUGUGUUCCCCGCAGAGGUGAAGUCUAAAAUGAGUGUGGAGGAACAGAAUGAGAGGAUACGAAGGAACCAGAGCAGUUCUGUAAGAGACAAAAGGCGCAGCCUUCACCUUUCCAGCAGCCAGCACAUUGACAGCUUCAAAACCUCCACCAACUACAGAGUGGUGCGGAGGAGAGUGACGGCGGAUGAGGUGGAUAUUAAGGGUUUGGAGGCAGCAGUGAGGGGAGAAGGUGUGGAAUCACCAAGGCAGGAAAUCGCUCGCUUGCGACGACAAGUGGAGCCUGAACAAUAUGACCUGGACAUCAGCAAAGAGUUGUCCAACCCAGAAAAAGUCCUGAUCCCUGAGCGAUAUUUAGAAGUUGAGCCCAGUACACCACUCAGCCCUGAAGAGAUGCGGGAAAAACAAAAGAAAGUGGAGAGAAUCAAGACGCUUAUUGCCAAAUCAAACUUGCAGAAUGUGGUGCCGGUGCUGGAUGGGCCAGUGGAGGGACCCAGUAACCCAGGGCAGCAGCUUCAGGAGCAGGAGAAGCGGAUUGAAAUUUCCUGCGCGCUGGCCGCUGAGGCCUCCCGCCGUAGCCGCCUGCUCUCCGCCCAGUGUGUCACCAGUCCCCCCUGCCUCCCUAACCAGCCUGGUCCCUCCCCCUUCUGCUGAUCACUCCGACUCCUCCCACAUCAUGAAGGUGUAAAGCUCAAGCUCUUGCAGCUGUCAAAUUUGAUGGUGAACCCUUCUGAGUGUCCAGCGGAUAAAGACGAGUGGAAAAGAAAACCAACAAAAUAUGUUGUGCCUCCACCAAACAUUGUAUUUCUUUCGAUUUACUUAACACCAUGCAGAGAAAUAUUACAGCAUGUUUGGAGUGGAGUCUGUGGAGGGCUGUUCAUGAGUGAGGUUAUCUGCCUCUCUAUCUCCAUGCACUUCUCAUCUGAGGCCUUCCCAAAAAGUGUAACCCAUGGCAGUGCUACAGUACAUAAUUCUAUCAAUCAACUGUUUUGACUUGGAAACAGAGGAUGGCAGUCACAUUACAAAAGCUCGAAAACUAGCCAGGAAGUGAAACAUGUUUACAGAUUCAUAUCUGCUCUUGGUCACAUUACAGUGACUAUAAACAGCAAAUUCAUAUUACAAAUGCAGGGUACUGCUGCUCAGGGUGGAUUCUGCAGACACAAGUGUGUUUGGGACAGGAAAGGGUGUGUACAGAAGACCAGGAAAGACCAAGAUAUGACUGGAGGAAAAUAGCCAUGGUAAAGGAAAUUGUAGUUUUCGACCAUAAAUCCAGACCAAGGUCUACAGCAAAGUUGUCAAGCUCAGUUUAUCUGCAAGUCAUUACUAGAGUGAUUUGGAAGAACUGGUGUGGUAGUUACACACUUGACACAAUCAGCCAUUGUGGAUUUAUCUUGGGAUGAUGUAAGCGAGCCCAAUGGGAUGUAGCUUGGAACAAACACAAACAGUUGAUGCAUCCUUCACUGUCUUGAUCCAAAGGACCUUGAAGAAGUAGGUGAAGGAGCUCUUGGCAUUGGACAUCUCCACUUCAUCACUACAGUAGGGGAGUUAAGGCCAGACUCACUGAUACUCGUCCUGGCCUCGUAAUUUCCCAUGCUCCUUUGUUCCUCUCUCCUCUCUAUAGGGCUUGAGAUCCCUCUUCCUUGCCCAUCGAGUACAACCAGUCAGCAUUUCAGUCUCUCAAACCAUUGUUAGGCCUUUAAUUUCAGUGUAUAUCUAUGAAGAAAUCAUAUAUAUAUAUAUAUAUAUAUAUAUAUAUAUAUAUAUAUAUAUAUAUAUAUAUAUAUAUAUAUAUAUGUCAUAUGACUAUUACUUUAAUCUUUGCAUCAAAGCCAUGUGGACUCAUCGUAGUGCUUUUACUGCUAGGACAGUAGUUACCAAAUAAUGGUACCUAAAUACUUGUGAGUGUGUGACAGAAUCUCAUAUGGUAGAUUUCAGAGAACAGAAAAUUGGAAGUGUCCUUAGAGGUGUAAGUCUGCUUGUUGAAACACAAUGUGUGUUGAUGCGGGGCCAGCAACUUGCAUUACAGACUGUAUAUAUUCUGACAUUAAAUGAUGUAACCUGUUUUCCCCAACAGAAUAUAAAGCCCUUAUUUGUGGAUCAUUGUGCCAUUUGGAGAUUCAAUUGGCUAUGUUUUUUUCUGCUGUGGCACACUGUUUAGGGUAAAUAUAGAUAGUCUUGACAUGGAAUUAAAUGGAACAAUAUUUUGGAUUAUUUUUCUAUCAAUAGUAAUACCUUUUACCUCUGUCCGUAAAGUAAAGAACAAUUUGCCAAACCAUAUAAAUCUCUUGUUUUGUACUUUGACUGAAGUCCUAAUCAGAGAGUCUACAGUAUCUGUGAUAUUUUCCCAUACCGAAACCUCUGAAAUGCCAUGCAAGUUGUUAGCCCAUACUGUGCUUUCUGCUUGUUUUUUUUUUUUUUUUUUUUUUUUUAGUAAACUCAGUUUGUCUUCGGUCUAACUCUUAACUAAUCACUAGCCUCUGUUUGUAUAUAAAAUUCAAUUUUGUGAGAAUUUGUUUGACAGAACUGUUUUUUUUUUUUUGUUUUUUUUUUAUUUUUUAUU